AGGUGGAGGCGGAUUUCCUCGCUGGAUGCCAGAUUAAAUAUUCCCCUCGAUCCCGAACGGAUCUGUCGCUUUCUCUCACGUACGCAGAAUAUUCCUCUACGAGAAGUGACUUGAAGGCCGGUUCUUCUGCAGUUUGGGUAUUGUCUUCGCCUGGAAACAUCUUCAUCAUCAACGUCAUCUUCUUCUAAAACAAAGCUAUGGGAAACUCCAAAAGCGGCGCCGUUUCCAAGGAGAUCCUGGAAGACCUGAAACUCCACACCAAGUUCUCGGAGAUGGAGAUCACCCAGUGGUACGACAACUUCAAGCGGCAGUGUCCGAGCGGUCGCCUGAGCAAGGAUGAGUUCCAGACCAUCUACAGCAAGUUCUUCCCGGACAGCGAGGGCAACUCGUACGCUCAGCACGUCUUCCGAUCCUUCGACACCAACGACGACGGCACCCUGGACUUCAAGGAGUACAUCAUCGCCCUGCACAUGACCUCCACCGGGAAGACCACCAGGAAGCUGGAGUGGGCCUUCUCGCUCUUCGACGUGGACAAGAACGGAUACAUCACCAAGUCGGAGGUCCGGGAAAUUUGCGCGGCCAUUUUCAAGCUGAUCCCCAAAGACGAAGUGGCCCAUCUUCCUGAAGACGAGAACACGGCGGAAAAAAGGGCCGAAAAACUCUGGAAUUACUUUGACAAGGGCGAAAAUGAACGUGUGGCGGAAGGCGAAUUUAUCCAAGGUGUGUUGGACAACGACGACGCUCUCCGCUUGAUCCAAUACCAACCCACCAAGUAACAGAGCAGCCCCACCCAGCCCAGAAAACAAUCCAUUCAUGCAUUUUGUCCUAUCGUUUUAUAUCAAAGUCCACACCUGCCUAUGUAGGAAAUGAUAAAGCAAAAGCAUUUACUACCUAAAUAAAAGGCCUCUUGUCUCUGAUCCAUUUAGUUCCACUUCUUAUUUGUCACAUGACUAAGCCCUUGUUCAGA